AUGGAGGAGGGCGCCCAGGGCUGGCCGAUCACAUGCGUUGCGGCACUUUCUCUGGGCAGCUGGAGAAGUGGGGAGUUUGUGCCUUCGCGCUCAAGCGAGGCGUCCGUGCGCAGCUCAUCGACGUCUACAAGGCCGUGGCCGAGACUGCCCCCGACGACGUCGGCGAAAAUGGCAGCGUUUCCAAAGGAGCUCAGGUCUCGGAGUGACGGGCUCUUCGAUGUCUUGUGCCAGCGCUGCAUCGCAGAGACCCUGGGCAUUAUCAAGACGGCGGGUGUGCAUUGCGGGCAUCGGGACUUUUCAGAAGCUGCAUCGCAGGUGCAACCGGCGAACCAUGGCCCGUGGCGUUCGUCUGCUUGGCCAGAUCGUCAAGCCCGGCAGGGUCAAGGAGCUCGUCGACAUCGAGGCGGCGGUCAAGCGCUGGGAGGACAAGGUGGACAUGCUCCAGACCCAUUCCAAGAGCAAUUGUCCAACGGAAUGCGGGCUGCCAUCUUCACGAAAAUGAUGCCCGUGCAGAUCCAGGACUACAUGUGCAGACGCGUCGAGAAGGACGCGAAGCACGACGAGCUCAAGGACAAGACCCUGGCCAUGGUCGGCAACAAAUUCGCCGUCAACAUGGGGCCGACCCUCAUGGACAUCGGAGAAGUUGGUGGUGAUGGCCUGGAGUAG